AUGCGCUCUUUCGCUGUUGGGUACUCUGUUGGGUACUUCAACGAUGGCGCACGCAUAUCGCACAUUUCUACAGGUCUUCAUGGCUCUGUUAACCAUACGGAUUUCAUAUCGCCCGCCCGUUCUCCCAUUUCAACUUGGGAAUAUGAUGUUAUCAUCACCACAUUGCUCUCGCCUUAUGGAUUUCCAUUCUUAUCUGCUUCCACGCCAUUCAAGGUCGACCAUGACCGUACACGACUAUUACAGGCUGCACCUGUUGACGACUUAUGA